AUGGCUGCCUUCCUUCACCACUGUCCCUUCAUCAAGUGUGCCACCAAACCAGCUUUGAGGAGAUCAAGCCCAUUGCUCUCUCUGGCCAAUCAGUGUCCCAUCAUUGCACGUCAGAUCAGCAUCUGCAGGUCAGCUGCCUUGGCGGCCAAGUUGAGUGUCUCUCCUACCAGUCCUGACUGCCCCCAGCUUCCCACGCUGGAACAAAGGAGGAGGUUUGCUCAAACAGCUCCUCAAGUGACGGAGCCGGCAGUGUCAAAGGCUUGCCCUUUUGUCACCUCUCACAUCGGGAUGGUCCAAGCGAGCCCUGAAGUGCAGGAGGAUGUCCGAGAGGGUGUGAUGAUGUCUCUAUUGAAGGACUUAAAAGAGUCUUUUUUCCCCAAAUCACCUCAAGACAUCACCGUCAGCCACCUCCUCAAAGACAACAUGGUUGGGCCCAGCUUUGAUUACGACUACUUCUUCUCUGAGAAGAUUGCCGAGAAGAAGAAGGACCACACUUACAGAGUCUUUAAGACUGUAAACCGGAGUGUCGGCUCAUAUCCUUUUGCUGAAGAUUACUCCGUGUCGGCGCGGGAGGGCUCCCAAGUGUCUGUCUGGUGCAGCAACGACUAUCUGGGGAUGAGUCGUCACCCGCAAGUCCUCAGCACCAUCAGUGAUGCCCUGUACAAGCAUGGUGCGGGAGCAGGGGGAACCAGGAACAUCUCAGGAACCAGUCACUUCCAUGCAGCUCUGGAGAAGGAGCUGGCUGAGCUCCAUCAGAAGGACGCCGCCCUGGUCUUCUCUUCCUGCUUUGUGGCAAAUGACUCCACCCUCUUCACUUUGGCCAAAAUGUUGCCAGGCUGCGAGAUUUACUCUGAUGCUGGGAACCACGCCUCGAUGAUUCAGGGCAUCAGGAACAGCAGAUCUAAGCGCUUCAUCUUUCGCCACAAUGACAGUCGACACCUGGAGGAACUUCUGCAGCGUUCAGACCCAAAGAAGCCCAAAAUAGUUGCGUUUGAGACGGUGCAUUCAAUGGACGGCGGCAUAUGUCCCUUAGAGGAGCUGUGCGAUGUGUCUCAUCGUUACGGAGCUCUGACAUUUGUUGAUGAGGUUCACGCCGUCGGCCUGUACGGAGAACAUGGAGCCGGAGUGGGAGAGAGGGACAAUGUGAUGCAUAAGAUUGAUAUUGUGUCUGGGACUUUAGGCAAAGCCUACGGCUGUGUGGGAGGCUACAUCGCCAGCAGCACCACCCUGGUGGACACGGUGCGAUCCUUCGCCGCUGGCUUCAUCUUCACCACCGCCCUGCCCCCCAUGGCCCUGGCCGGAGCCCUGGAGUCCGUGCGGGUCCUGAAGGGCCCUGAGGGGCAGUCCCUGCGCAGAGCCCACCAGAGGAAUGUCAAACACAUGAAGCAGCUGCUCAUGGAUAAGGGCUUGCCUGUGGUCCACUGUCCUAGCCACAUCAUCCCCAUACGGGUGGGCAAUGCAGAGCUGAACACCAAGGUGUGCGACACCCUGCUGGAGAGACACAACAUCUACGUGCAGGCCAUCAACUACCCCACAGUGCCUCGCGGAGAGGAGCUGCUGCGCCUGGCUCCCUCUCCUCAUCAUCAGCCCGCCAUGAUGGAAUACUUUGUGGAGAAACUGGUAGACGUGUGGCAGGAGGUGGGGCUGGAGCUCAGCAACCUCGCAGCUGUUUCCUGCACAUUCUGUGACCGCCCGCUGCAUUUUGACCUGAUGAGUGAAUGGGAGAAGUCCUACUUUGGCAACAUGGAGCCCGAGUACAUCACGGUGUCUGCAUAGAGGACAUGGAAUUUGACCAGCUACUAACUUAAAUUGACACGUUUUGCUUUCUAUGCACCAAGAAGAAUGUAAGUGUUAACCUUCAAACAUAUCUCAAUUUAACAUUGUGUAGUUUACUUGUUUCACCUAUGACAGCUUGAUGGUUGCCGAUGUGGAUUUGAUUAAAAUUGUGCCUCCUCUAAUUUAAAAGCGUAAACCCUGCACAUUGGGCACUUUCUAAUCUAGAUGUGUAGCUUUGAAUUAAACAAGUUGUGUGACUUCUUAUUUUGUGAUGGGCUUCCAGACCUGGAAAUAAAUCAGUUCAAAUAUUGAA